AGCGAUGUAAAAUCGAACAUAGUCGUAUGUUUGACAAGAAAUGCAAUUACAUGGAGGAGAACAUCAAAUGACAGCCUUUGCCUUCUAAAACUAUUAAACUUGCACUCAGUUAGACUAAGCAUGGUGUUGUGUAAUUAAACAUCUUGUGCACUACGUGGUGGAACUUUCCUACACCUCAGAAUUCGUGUAUUUUGGUUUUCGUAUAGUGACGAUUAUUAAAAAGGUUGUUUAAAAAUUAACUGGCUAAAUGCAGGUGAUUCCCGUAGAAAAGGUUUUGGAUGUAUCUUCCGAACAUUCGGACCACAAAGCAGUUUCUUUGGUGACGGGCUUUGGCCAAUGGAAAACAGAAUUACCUGGCGAGGAGAAAGCUGAGCUAUUACUGAGGCUAGGGCAACUCCACAGGAUCGCUCGCAUUGAAGUCGCCAACGAAUCAUCCGCAUGGUUGGAUAUUCGAGUGUCACGAGAAGGAACUCCGUUUGUCGCUCUUCUGCCAACGCUUUGUCUGCAGUCUCGAAAGGAAAGCAAGGAAGGUAACAACGCACGCGGUAGGAAGAUACUCGAGGCAAAGCACUUUAACGAAGAACUUCGACAGGACAAAUUCGACCUAGUUAAGAUUAUUUGCAGACAACCAUUUAACAGAUCGAUCUUGUUUGGACUUUCGCACCUCAAAUUCUUCACCUACCCACCUGAAGAGGAAGAUAAGAAAAACAGGCUGAGGAAUCCUUCAGGAACCUGUGUGGAUAAAGGAGAAGAAAUCGUUCUUGAUAUUGUCCAUAAUCCUAAGAAGAAUAAGACAGAGGGCAACGAAGUGGCAGCUGUGGCCAUAAAAAACGCGUGCAUCCAAGAUAUCAAUAGAGAGAAAAGAUUUGUGAACUCGCCACUUAACGACGGUGAUUCUGAUUCAUACGAUGGAAGCAAUGGGCUAAGGGCAAAAUCAUUGCUCAAGCAUUUUACCGACAGCGCGUCAUUUUCGACUACGGUUAAUAAUCUUAAACGUACGGCUUUCGCUAACCGAUCACCAGGAGUCGUUAAACCCAGUUUUGUAUUUGCGCCGAAGACGAGCGCGGCCGAACAGGAAGCUCGUGCAAAGAAAGCAGCUGCUGCGGCAGACGAAAUUAUACCCGGCAAGUCACCAAAGAAACCGCGAGUUUUAGCUGCUUUUGCAUCAUGUCCAAGUACCGCUAAACAAACUCCGAUAUGUAACUCGUCAACUACGACUAGCUUGGAUAACAACGCAGAAAAAGACAUCGACCAAAGAUUUCUUCAGCAUUCCUUCUCCAAGUGGAAAAAAAAAGGUAAAACAGCGAAAACUCAAGAAGGUGAGGUUGAGUUUGCUCAAACUGUUACUUCGAGUCCCAUUAAAACCUCUAGAAAAACCAGGUCCUCUUCGCCAUCGCUUCGAGUACGGUCCAGUACAGUCGUUCGGAAGUUACAAGACAGUGGAGAUAAACAUGGGUCUUCUACCGAUGCUGAAACUGAUGAGGCUCGGAGAGUACCGCCACCGAAGGUUCGCACUUCUAUGCUGGAGUUAUCCACAGAAUUGCGCGCGUUUAAGAGAAGGUCCGUUGCUGAGGGUAGAACAGAUCAGAAGUCAGUUUUCGCCGCAGCGGGAGCGUCUACAAAUAAAAAAGCGAGAUCGAGCGGCGACAUUUUGCAAAAAAUAUUCUCGUCUAGUGAAGAUGAGUCAACUGCGGCUCCUGUCACUAGCGCCAAUAAUAAUCACAAUCCCAACUCUGCUAACCAAUCUGCAGAAACACAACACAAGACAUUACGAAAUCAUCCAAUAGGACACAGCUCUAGUUUAUAUCAAACGGAGGAUGAUAUUUCAGAAGAUAGCGAGCCCCAACCUGGCCCUUCGUGGCGAAUUGAUCCACCAAGAAAGAAAAGGGCAGUCAACGGAGAAAUUUUCAAGGAAAUGGCUAGAAAAAAGGCUAAAAACGGACUAAAUGAAGCAGCUGCACUGAAUUAUACUAAACCACGCGGAUCCCCGCCUGAAUAUGGCUCUAUUGACAGCAGGGAUACUGCAGAUUCUACCACAACGUUACCAUCAAUUGUGGUAAAAUCAGAAGUUCGUAGUGACGACGAAGAUCUACCGAUUAUGAUAAAAAAUGAGGUCAUCGAAUUAGGGGACUCAGACGACACAAUUGACUUGGAAGUUUCGAAGAGUAAUAAGGAAAACGGACAGCACAGAAGAAGGAAAAAUCAUAACCCACCAGUCAAUUGUGAAGUUGAUAGUGACUCCGACCUUGAGGUAGUAGGCAAUAAGCUGAUGCGUGGUGUGGUAUUCGCACUAAGCGGCUUUAAGAAUCCUUACCGUGCGUCGCUGCGAGGUAUGGCCAUUUCAAUGGGCGCAAAAUACAGACCCCACUGGGAUGACACCUGCACACAUCUUGUAUGCGCAUUUAAGAACACACCGAAAUUUAAUGAGGUUCACCGCAAAGGAGGUAGAAUUGUUACCGCGGCCUGGAUUGCGACAUCUCACCUUAACCAAAAGCUUUCUUACUGGAAAAAGUAUGUACUAAUGUCUCUCUCUCUCCCUCUCUCUCCCCCAACAAUACAUAACGCAAGUAAGCGACUCUCUGAAGGUCUAAUGCUGAUUCACAGCAACAUAUAAAUUUAUUGUAGGGUACU